AUGUGCUACCGGGAGUUCAUCGCCUACCAGUGCGGCCACCGGUCCAUGCCAGUGCUCCGGCCCUGCCCCCUGACGACAGCAGGGCACAACUUCCCGGUCUGCACCAUCACGCCGCACAAGCCCACCUUUGCCGAGACGAUGUGUCCGGCAUGCGAGCGCCUGCUUCACUCCCGCUGGGUGCUGAUCCGGGAGUGGGAGCACCGCUGGCUCCAUGAGCGCGGCGUCUGCGGCUGCGAUGUCAUCUUCCCGGGUCUCUUGACCACGCCGCGGGUGAUUGGCGAGACUGGCACUGUUGCCACGGGGCAGGGUCAUUCGGGUGCUGUAGCAGCAGAUGAUCCUGCAAAGACUGGAGAUGACAAAGACACAUCAGCUCUGGGAGCUAACACAGUGGCAGCUAUUGCGCAGGGGGGUGGACAGCAACAACCCCAAAAGCAAAAGCCUGUCUCCUCGUCGACUCCAAACGCUCGUACCCCAGUGACGCACCGGUCGGGACCGCCGCGUCGUCCUGCUGCUUCCGGCUCUUCGAGCAGCCAGGGCGAUGUCAACAAGACUAGCACCAAGUCUGCCCCGGGGGACCAGGAAAUCCCGCCCCUUUUCACCGAGGAAGUCACCUCCUCGGGAGAGCACCGCGUGGCCGUCCGCCUGUCGAGCCUCUACGCUGCCGAGUGGAAAGCCGACCACCGCGAGCUGCACGAGGCCGGAACAUGCGGCUGCCCGACGACAUUCGGCCCUUUCCAGCCGCACGUCCGCGAGGCGGGGAUGACCUCUCACGACCGGGAAAGCCUGCGCCAGUGGCGGGAGAGGGAGGGCGAGCUGCCGGAGAAGAACAAGAAGAACGACGACGACGACGGGCGUGACAUCGACACCCAGAAUGAAGACACCUUGCGGCGGAUCGCCGAGAUUGAGAAGGUUUUCGGUAAGUUCAUCUCGGAUGGUGAGUCGCCGCCCACAGUCAACCUUCCCCGUCUUUCCGGAUCCAGUUCUGCAGAGAAUCAAGGGGUCGAAGCCAAGGAUCAGGGGCACGGCCGUCACCGUCAACGGAAUGGCCGCCAGGACCACAACCGCUUUGGCGAGGGCUCUUCUCGGUCGUCGCAUAGCCAGAGCCAGCAAAUGCCAGCCGGCGGCGGCAGCAACAGCAGCAGCGACGAUGCCCAAGGUCAAGGCCCACUCGUCCUGCCGCCGCAGAUCCCGACAGCCUACAACCCUUAUGCCUUCGCCACCGCGCAGGGUUACCAUUACCCCCUAUUCCCUGAGCCGCCCCCCUACCAACAACAGCCGUACUACUUCAUGCCGGCCCACCCAGCCUACGCGACGGCAGCGACCUACAACGGCACCAUCCCGCCCGGCGCAUACCCCUGGGCCGCCGAGACCCAGCCGACCCCCGGCAUGCCCUGGACGACGCAGGGCCCAGGCCCGUACCGCACGCCCGGUCUCCGCUACGACGAGAUGGCCUUCACUACGGCAUCUCAGCACUACUACCCACAGGCUGCUGGCGAGAGUCAGGGUCAGGGUGAAGGUCAUGGGCAUGAUCAGAACCAGCCUCCGGUCCCAACCGUCCAGGGCCUGCUCCCAGCGCCGGAGAUAGUGGCAAAGGGCAACGGAAAGGGCAAAGGGAAAGAAACGGAAGUCCCGACUGCUCCCGCAGACGUCGACCAGACCGUCCUCCCGCUCUGCGGCCUGCCUAUCGGCGCAGGCCCCGAGGGCACGUCCCACAUGCCGAGCUGGCUGGGCUGUCCGUUGCGGAGGAGCUUGAGCCUCUGCAGCCUGGGCCGGGACGAGGGAGAAGCGGACGAGCGAGGGGAGGAGGAAGGCGGGAAUGAAAGUGCGACUGGGGGCAACGAUUCCGACGGGUUCCUGACGCACACUCCGCCCACUCCGCCCCAGCGCUGCCAUUCGGCGGCGCCUUGAUCACACCCCACCCCUUCUCAACAGUAAGUCCCAUCCUAUCCUAUCCUAUCCCAUCCAAUCCCGCCCGGUCCAAGGUCGUUCUGCCUUGGACUU